AUGAAUCGACUAUUCGGGCAGUCAAAAUCCAAUGCUGUACCUAAACCAACAUUAAAUGACACAGCAGCAACACUUGAUUUACGUGUUGAAACAAUCAAUAAACAGAUAGCUACAAUUGAUCACGAAUUACAAGCUUAUAAUAAAUUACCUCCAGCUAGAAAAGCAAGUCAAAAAUCUCGAGCAUUGGCUCUUCUAAGUAAAAAGAAAAUGUAUGAAAGACAACGUAUGACAAUAGAAGGUCAAACUGCUAAUAUUGGUGCUACUGCUUUUGCUGUUAGUAAUAUUGAAACACAAAAACAAAUGUAUCAUGGAUUGAAAGAUGCGAAAACCCAAUUAGCUAAAGGUUAUAAAGAUUUGAAAGUUGAAAAAGUUGAGGCCCUUAUGGAUGAUCUUGAUGAUCAAAUUCUCGAUCAAGAUGAAAUGAAUGAAAUGUUUAGUCGACCUAUCGGUCAAGACUCAUAUAUAGCUGAUGCUGAUCUUGAAAAUGAAUUAGCUGGUCUUGCAUCAGAAGAAUUUGAUAUGCAACCAAAUGCAAUAUAUAAUGAUUUACAUGCACCUAGUGUUCCUGUUGAAUCUAUUGUUACUGGAAAUAGAACAGGUGUAACAGCAAAAAAUGAUAUGAUGUUUGAUGAAUUUGGUUUACCAAAAGCUCCAGUAACCGGAAUGAGAAAUUAA